AUGUCGGUGGACGCUGUCGUGGAUCCGCACGAGAAGAUGAGAGCCAGAGACGUGAACAAGGUGGCGCGGGGAGAACAAGCUCCUACGCCUGCUCAUGAAUAUGGCACGGUCUCUAGAGCCCCUUGCCACCCCGCCAGCAACAACAGAGAAAACCAGGACAACAAAGAUGAUAGAUCUGACGGAUCACAUGAAAGAUCGAAUAAGGUGGUACUGGAGUUGAAGACAGCACCAAAUGACGUGAGGUUUCCCUUCACGAACCAAACAUGCCACUGCUACAUACGCUACCUUGAGUACCACAAGUGCAUUCAGGUGAAGGGUGACAACGUACCCGAGUGUGAGAAGUUCGCAGAGUGUGAGAAGUUCGCAGAGUAUUAUCGGUCGUUGUGUCCUGUUGAAUGGAUUGUGAGGUGGAAUGAACAGAGAGCAAAUGGAACAUUACCCAGUCCAUUCUAG